AUGGAAGAUUCGAAUCAGCGACCAAUGACACCUGAUCAGAGGUGCUUUAAUCGAUUCCCAAUGGCUCGCGGUGGAUCACAACGCAAGUCUUCAGAUCAGGAGAGGGAGCUCCCCCAAUGGGCCACCAUGAUGAUGGACCUCUACGCUUCGUGCGCAGAUCGACUGGAAAAGGCCCUGACGACCUCUCUCGCUAAGCUGGCCGAUAGGAUCGACGAAAUGAACACGCGCCAGAACGAAAUAUUGUCUCGUCUUGCAGCUCUUGAAGAUUCUAUUUCCGGAUUACAGGUGUCGUGCUCUCUGGAUCGAAAAGUUUUCUAUUCUACCAUCGUUAAAGGGAGCAGGGCGAUGAGACUGCAGCUCAUAGAGGAGCUCUCCAAAGGAGACAUAACCGCCCGACGCUACCCACCUGAGAGGAUAAAAAGUGCGAACGGCCGUGAUCGUAUCAUCAAGAUCGAGUUACCCUCACAGGCUCUACGGGACAAACUACUGCACCACAUGCGGUCAGGACGUCAGAGUCUGACCAGGCGAUUCGUGCAUUCGUAUGCCCGCAGAGAUUAUACUUCAGAGGAGCUGGAGCUCGAUCGUACUUUGCGAAAGCAAGCAGGGAUGUCGAACGCCAAACUCGGGAUGCUCCAGUAUGUAGUCCGUGAUCUCCGCAUUUGCAAACUGAAGACACCGAGGGAGCUUCCUCGUCGCUAUCCCGCCACUUCUCAGAGUGCACCGAGGACUACAUCUGGUAUCCCCUUAGGACCAAUUGAAGCAUCUCUGGUGGGUACUCCUUCCAGCGUGAUCCUCUCUCCAUAG